GGCGACUUUGUUGUUCUACACAAGCGGAAGGAACAGCUUGCAAGAUACGACAAAUAUUUCAAGAAAUUUGAAUUUACAAAAGCUUUAGAUGCUGCAAUGAAGAAUGGCGUAUGUUUAAGGUCGCCAGAAAUUACAGUUCGAGUUUUACAGGAAUUAAUGAAGAAAGGUGCCAUUAAGGCAGCACUAGCAUGUCGUAGUGAUCUCUCUGUAGGGUAUAUCAUCCAGUUCAUAAAGAGAAAUAUAAGUAAGCCAUCUUUUCAACCAAUACUGUUAGAUGUUGCAAACUUAUUAUUAGAUUUAUACGCAGACCAAGUGGGACAAAGCCCCGUGAUGGACUGUCAGUUGACAGAACUUAGAGAUACUGUUGAACAGGAAGUGAAUUAUAUGACGGAACUCAGUGAAGUCAUGGGCAUGCUCGAUACAGUGUUUGCCGCAGCUGCCAUGAAAACACACAUUACAUCAUCAGAAUCUGUGCCUUUAAUAACGCCUUCUGUUGGGGCACAAGCGGCCAAUAUUUAGCAAUAAAAAAUUAUAAUCUAUG